AUGAAAAGAUCAAAGAAAGCUAAACCUCAAGCACCACGGAGGGGAUUUUCGCAAACCGAAAGGGUCGACAGUUCCUCUGUUCCAGAAUACACCGGCGACCCAUCCACCAUCGUCAUGGAUCCCAUCCCUAUCUCCCAAGUGCCAUUCCAAGAAAUCCAAGAAAGCAGAGCAUCACCGGACGAAGACCCGCUAUCUCCAAGUAAUUCGAUUCCACCCUCAGUCGAAAUUGAAGAAGUAACUAACCCUAUGCCAAUGGCGGAUAAUCUGGGGGAGAAUGUGAUUGCUAAUUUGAUUGAUAAACCCUAUCAAUCUCCGUUGACCCUCAAUCAGGCGUGCCAACUGUUAGAUGAAGAAUCGAAAGAAGAACGGGUGAAUACCCAAAAGGGGAUUUUCACACCCAAACCUAGGGUUCCAAAUUCGUCCCCCUCAGACACCCUUGAGAAGAAUCUAUAUGUUUUUUCGGAAGAGGAGAGAGAAACAGAGCCUCAGAAUGAGGACACCGAGAUAAAUUUCUACCCUAGUAUGUUAAAUACAGAAAACCUCACGAUUCACAGCGUUGAAACCCCUGUUCCAACACGUACAGAACACCUCCCGACUCAAAAUGUUGAAACCCCUGUUCCAACACCAUCAACAGACAAAACACAAAGAAAGAGGAAGAGAGUAGAUCCAUUUGAAGGGGCAGAUCCGCGAACUAAAAGACCUGAAGAUUUCCCAAUUUCAGCUAGACCCCCUAGAGGAAGACCUAACAUACCACCUCCAAGAAAACCAAAGACAAACAAGAAAAAGCAAAAGGAAACAGAAGAGGAGACCAGCUGGAACAGUGAGAAAGAAGCAAGUGAAACUGAAGAGAUAUCAGAAAAUGUGGGGACAAGAACACGUGCAAGAAAGUCACCAAGGAAACACACUGCCAAAGAAAAGGGAAAAGGGAAUGCCACAAAAUGGGAAAAAGUCACAACCAGAAAAAUCAUCAAUCAGAAACUCCUUGUGCUUGAUAAAGUGAAGGACAGUGAACAGAUCUCAGAAAUUCUCAUUCACAGUCAAAUGCUUGGAACAAUAACAAACAUUGAACCAUAUGAAGAAAGUGUCAUUCAUGAAUUUUACAACAAUCUGGGAGCAGGAACAUCAACCCCAAGUGAUCCAAUGUACGGAAAGAUCUACCUAAGAGGUAAAUUCUAUAACUUUACACCCUCCAUGAUUAAUGACUACAUGGGCACCUCAACCACAGAAAACUCUGCAAACAUCAAUAGUGAACAAGUUGCCAAAGAAUUGACAGCUGGUAAUGUAAGCUUUGAGAAGAACAAAAUCAAAGCAGCCUCUCUGACAAGCAAGUAUGCCAUACUCCAAAAGAUUGCUCUAGUCAACUGGAUGCCCUCACUCCAUGAAAACACUAUUAAGUGGAGUCUAGCAGAACUACUAUACAAGAUUGGUAAAAGAAUCAAGAUCAACUUUGGAGAGAUUGUGCACAGCCAGAUCAUGAACUUAGUAGGAAAUGGAACCCCCAAAGCUUCUCUAAUAUUCCCCAACCUGAUUUACACACUGCUGGUCCAACAAGUACUCAAGCAAUAG